GGGCGGGGCUUCGUGCGCUGCUCCUCCGCUCGCGGCCGGUACCUCGCUCCUCCCAGCUCGGCCGCCGCCCCCGCCAUGGAGCUCACCCUCAACCGCUCCGAUUAUUUACAGGUGGGAGUGACCUCUCAGAAGACCAUGAAGCUGCUCCCAGCAUCAGGACGAAGAGCAACACAGAAGGUGGUUGUUGGAGAUCAAGAUGGCGUGGUUACCUGUUUUGGCAUCAAGAAAGGAGAAGCUGUGCCAGUGUUCAAGACUUUGCCAGGGCUGAAGAUAGCACGGCUGGAGCUAGGAGGAGCACUUAGCACACCACAGGAGAAGAUUUUUGUGGCUACGGGCUCAGAAAUCAGAGGUUUCACAAAGAGGGGAAAGCAGUUCCUUUCAUUUGAAACCAACCUCACCGAAAGCAUCAAAGCCAUGCACAUCUCUGGCUCUGAUCUCUUCCUCUGUGCCAGUUACAUCUAUAACCAUUACUGUGACUGCAAAGACCAACAUUACUACCUGUCAGGGGACAAGAUCAAUGAUGUGAUCUGUCUCCCAGUUGAAAAAUUGCCUUGUAUCAUACCUAUCCUGGCUUGUCAGGAUAGAGUGCUUCGAGUUUUACAGGGGUCUGAUAUGAUGUAUGAAGUGGAAGUCCCUGGUCCCCCCACGGUCCUCGCCUUACAUAAUGGGAAUGGUGGUGAAUCUGGAGAGGAUCUUCUGUUUGGAACUUCAGAUGGAAAACUUGGGAUUAUUCAGAUCACUACAUCCAACCCAGUCCAUAAAUGGGAAAUGAGAAAUGAGAAGAAGAGAGGAGGCAUUCUGUGUGUGGACUAUUUUGAUAUCGUGGCAGAUGGUGUUAAAGACCUACUUGUUGGUCGAGAUGAUGGAAUGGUGGAAGUGUAUAGUUUUGAUGCUGCCAAUGAGCCUGUUCUCCGAUUUGACCAGGCAUUGUCUGAAAGUGUCACGUCUAUCCAGGGUGGCUGUGUGGGGAAAGAUGGUUAUGAUGAAAUUGUGCUAACCACGUACUCAGGCUGGGUCACGGGUCUGACCACGGAGCCUAUCCACAAGGAGAGUGGACCCGGUGAAGAACUGAAAAUAAACCAGGAGAUGCAGAACAAGAUUGCUUCCUUGCGGAGAGACUUGGAACAUUUGCAAAUUAAGGUGAUUCAGGAAAGAGAGAAAUACCAGCAGUCAUCCCAGUCCAGCACGGCCAUAUCCUCAGUGCCAUCCUUUAGCGUGAAUGACAAAUUCACAUUAAACAAGGAUGACGCCAGCUAUAGCCUCAUCUUGGAGGUGCAAACAGCUAUUGAUAAUGUCAUGGUGCAGAGCGAUGUUCCAAUAGAUCUGCUUGAUGUGGAUAAGAAUUCAGCUGUGGUUAGUUUUAGCAGCCCUGAUACUGAGGCAAAUGAGAACUUCCUCCUCGCCACUUAUCGGUGCCAAGCAAAUACAACACGGCUGGAGCUCAAGAUCCGAUCGAUUGAAGGCCAAUAUGGUACGCUGCAAGCUUAUGUAACUCCAAGGAUUCAGCCCAAAACCUGCCAAGUGCGUCAGUAUCAGAUCAAGCCGCUCUCGCUUCAUCAGAGAACUCAUUUUAUUGAUCAUGAGAGACCCAUGAACACACUGACUCUGACCGGCCAGUUCAGUUUUGCCGAAGUUCACUCCUGGGUUGUGUUUUGCCUGCCUGAGGUCCCAGAAAAAGCUCCAGCUGGAGAGUGUGUGACUUUUUAUUUCCAGAAUACGUUCCUGGAUACACAGCUGGAGAGCACUUACAGGAAAGGAGAGGGAGUCUUUAAAUCGGACAACAUUUCUACCAUAUCCAUCCUCAAAGAUGUACUUUCUAAAGAAGCUACGAAAAGAAAAAUAAAUCUCAACAUAGCCUAUGAGAUCAAUGAAGUAUCUGUGAAUCACACAUUAAAGCUGAUCCACCCGAAACUGGAAUACCAGCUACUGUUGGCCAAGAAAGUACAGUUAAUUGAUGCCUUAAAAGAGCUGCAGGUACAGGAAGGAAACACCGACUUUCUGAUCCCAGAAUAUCGCUGUAUUUUAGAAGAGGCUGACCGGCUGCAGGAAGAGUACAAGAAGCAGCCCGCACAUCUGGAGAGGCUCUACGGCAUGAUAACCGACCUCUUCAUUGACAAGUUCAAGUUUAAAGGCACCAACGUGAAGACCAAAGUGCCUUUUCUGCUGGAGAUUCUGGACAGUUAUGACCAGAACGCCCUGAUCGCCUUCUUUGAUGCCGCCUGAAGUGGAAAAUGCACAUCGAGUGCUCAAACAGCACAGUCUGUGAAAGGGUAUUUGUCGAGUAUAUCACAGAUUAGAUUUAUGAUACUUUUGCACGGUUCGGACUCUGUCUCAAAUGUAUCAUUUGGAUGUUGUCCUGACAUUUUCCAAGAAAUUGUAUUUUUUGUUCGACAGUUCUUUUAAAAAAAAUGAAUAUUUUUUAUUUUCAGCCUAAAAGAAAAGCUAAUUUUUAAUAGUUGUAAAGAUGAUUUAUUGACAUCAACUUCCUAGAAUGUUGAUAUUUGGGAAUAAUAUUCCAGUAUGGCAGGAGAAUUGGUUUUGUAUCCAAACAUGUUUUCCCAUUGGAUCCUUGUGACAUUCCCAGGAAGUAUAAUAGAUCAUUAUUAUACAAUGAGGGAACUGACUCAGGCACCAUGAGAGAGAUUUAGCCCUAUGGGAGGGAACACACAUUUAGAGUUGGCAAGGACUUUUAGACCGUUGCCCCAGCCUCAUUGUUACAGGUGAAGAAACUGAGGCCUACGAGAUUUGCUCCAGAUCACACAGCUAGUAAGUGUCUGAGCUGGGCUUGACCCCUGAUUUUCUGAUACCUAACCUAUGCUUUUCUCCUGUCAGGCCCACCAUGCUCUCUUUGGACAGGUCAUUCCAGUUGGUCUUGCCAUUGUUAUUUUAGUAGUGGGGCUGGUUAUGCUAAAUAAUAAAGUCAGUGGGGUCUUCUGGCUCAUCAUCUGUGGGUCUGAUGACGCACAAGUGAGAGGUGGCACCCUAGCUGUUCCCAGAAGUGGAGGCUGUAGUCAGGGACAAUGAGGAUUGACCCCGUGACUUGGCUCAGGAGCCAGAUGUGUUGUUGCAAAGGUGGGGGAGGGAGGGAAUCUCUUUGCCAAUUAUUUGAUUUCUGUUACUAUUAUAGACCAUUUUAUAGUCUUUGAUGAAAAGUGUCAUUUUUUUAUAGGACACAGACAGUGUGAGAUUAAAUGAUAUUCCUUUUCAGUGAACACCAUUGUAUUAAAGUUCACAAGAAAUCAA